AUGCGUAUUAUCUGGCGCGCCUCGGCCGAUCCGGCCGUCUACGAAGAAGCCCGCGUGGGUCGCGUCUUCAACCACCGUCGCCCGCAACGAUAUCCCCUGGCAGUCGUCAAGGCUACUUGUGUAGACGACAUCGUGCGGGCAGUCAAGUUGGCCAAGGAGAAGAAUUGCCGCGUCGCUGUGCGCUCCGGGGGCCAUUCAUGGGCUGCUUGGAGUGUGCGUGAUGAGUCCAUUCUGAUCGAUUUGGGCGAUUACAAGCACCUGGAAGUGGAUGCGGAGAAGCGCAUGGCGCGAGCAUCACCCAGUACUACGGGGAAGGAGAUCAAUGGAAAGCUGAUCAAGGAGUACGGGUUGAUGUUCCCCGGGGGUCAUUGUCCAGAUGUUGGACUGGGGGGCUUUCUCCUGCAAGGAGGUAUGGGAUGGAACUGCCGGGGCUGGGGUUGGGCGUGCGAGAGAGUCAAGGCCGUCGAUGUGGUGACGGCAGAGGGGGAACUGCUGCACUGCAACGAGAAUCAAAACGAGGAUCUCUACUGGGCAGCUCGAGGUGCCGGUCCGGGCUUCCCAGGUGUGAUCACACAAUUCCACCUUGAGCUCGUCCCGUAUCCCAAACGCGGGUUUCGGUCGUCUGGGUACGUCUACCCCAUCAGCAAAUAUCAUGAAGCCUUCAGCUGGAUAGUCGCCAUCACUCCGGAUUUCGAUCGCGACACCGAAAUCGCCGUCGUGAGUAUGUAUCCUGAGGACAGCAAUGAGAUCUGCCUCUUCGUUCUCCUCGUGACUCUAAAACACACUCCGGAAGAGGCAGAAGCAGCCCUCAGUCCAGCCCAGCAGUCACGCCCAGCUGGCACAAUCGAGGAAUGGUUCUGCCGAGAGGACAGCCUGGAGAACCAAUACCUGAACCAAGGCAAGGCAAACCCAGAAGGCCACCGCUACUGCGCCGAGAAUGCCUACCUGCACAACGACGCAGACGUCCCCAGAGUCCUCGAGGAGGCGUUCACCACCUUGCCCCAUCGCAAGGCUUUUUCCCUGUGGUACGCGAUGAACCCUUGUAGCCGCCGCGACCUGCCGAGUAUGGCACUCAGCAUGCAAUCGGAUCACUACUUUGCGCUGUAUACGGUGUGGGAAGACGAGAAGGACGAUGCACGGUGCCAGGCGUGGGUGAAGAACGUGAUGAAGCAAGUCCAGCGGCAUUCGGUUGGGGCGUAUCUAGGGGAUUCAGAUUUCCAGGAACGACAGACCAGAUACUGGUCCGAGAGCAACGGGCGUCGACUGAUGGAUAUCCGCCGGAAGUGGGAUCCUACCGGCAGGAUCUGCGGAUAUUUAGAUAGGGGAGAUGUCUCGAGGACUAGGGGGUUGGAUAAUGUUCAUGAGUGGGAGACGGUGCCUUCGCAGCUAUAG